AUGGAGUCUUGGGAUUUUGGAAAGAGAUGGGCGAAUGACGAAGUGGCGAUUGGCCAAUGCGUAUUGAGGCCUACGGGUGUGACGACACGCAGGCCGGCUUGGCAACAGAGUUUGAGCCUAGCCUGUCAUCCUCCUCACGAAGCCGAGACUGAAGUCAUCUCCCUCUCAGCGGCCCUCCAAUCCCGUGAACAGCUUCGGGGUGUUGUACAGGAUGACUUCACUGACGAGCGCAAGGAAGGCUUUUUUAUUCUGUUUUCUUACACAACCCGUGGCUACCAACCUUCAUCACCAAAGACUAACCAUACUAUCUCAGUAAUGACCUUGAAGUCUCGGCUCAUCUGUCGUGGACAGCUAAGCAGCCAGUUGUUCAUUUAUCAUAGCUGGAUUCUGGCGACGCAGAUACUUGACCAAUAUGCCAUGCAUCUGGCUGGCCCUUUGUUCAAGUGA